GAUGAAUACGAAAAAGGAAAUCUUCACAACUCAAAUACUUUUAUGAACAUACAUUGGUAUUAAUUAAAUGAAAAAUCUGCUUGGAAAAUACCCAAACUAAGAGGAAAUUUGUACGCACAUAGUGUAUUUUAGUACCAUGAUCAAAGAUUGAAGGAAGCCUUGCCGAAAAUUAAGAAUUUGAGUUCAAUGCCUCUAAUUUUUUGUCAGUUCCGAUGGUGCAAAGAUAUGUUUGGCACUUUAUUUGAAGUAUAUUCGAGAUCACUGCAUUCAAGUUUGAAAUGUAACACUGACAAGACCAAAUUGAGACAACUUUUUGCAAAGGUAAUCGGGAAGUCUCCUAGAACUCUUUCGAAUGCACAAGAGGCCUUUACCUUUCUAAAAGACGGAGCCAAUGUGUUUUUACAGGGUGGUGCAGCUACACCAUCAAUCCUACUUUCGGAACUCUACAAUUAUGUCUUAUCUAAAAAACUGAAAAACAUAUCCGUUUAUCACAUCAACAUAGAUGGGCCGUUCCCAAUUACCAAACCAGAAGCAGCUGGACACUUUCGCAGUGCAGCACUGUUUAUAAGUGAUGAUGUUAGAGAAGCAGUGAGAACUGGGAGAGCUGAUUACAUUCCAAUAUUUUUGAGCGACAUGCCACGACUUUUUCGUAGCAAACGUGUAAAACUGGAUCUUGCACUGAUGAGUAUCACUCCUCCAGAUGCCUUUGGAUUUUGCUCACUUGGUCCAAGUGUGGAUAUCACUCGUGUUGCUGCUGAAUGUGCUCAGCAUCUUGUGGGUCAGAUAAAUCCUAAUUUACCAGUUACCUAUGGGGAGGCUCAUAUACACAUCAGUCAUUUUAAUUCAGUUAUUCAUGUGGAUGUACCUUGCCACUGCUUGAAGACGCGACCAAUUUCGCAAGCUGAGGAGAAGAUCGGUGCAUUAAUUGCUGAGAAUUUAGUUGACGAUGACUCAACCCUACAAACAGGUAUCGGAGCGAUUCCAGACUCAGUGUUAUCUAAACUUACAAACCACAAAGAUUUAGGAGUUCAUACGGAAAUGUUUUCAGAUGGAGUUGUAAAAUUAGUUGAAUGUGGUGCUGUAACGAAUGCCAAGAAAAACAUUCGUCGAGGAAAAAUAGUAACAAGCUUUGUUAUAGGAUCAGAGAAACUUUUCAAAUUUAUAAAUGCAAAUCCAUCGAUUGAUUUCUGUGACUCAACUUGGGUAAAUGUGCCAUCUAUAAUAGCACAGAACCCGAAACCAGUGGCAAUCAAUUCUUGCAUUGAAGUUGACAUAACUGGUCAAAUUGUUUCAGAUUCUAUCGGCAAAAAUUUCUACUCAGGAUUCGGUGGGCAAAUUGAUUUCAUUCGUGGAGCUUCAAUAGCUGAAGAUGGUUUAGGAAAGCCAAUAAUUGCCCUGACAUCUACAACGAAUAAAGGAGCAAGUAAAAUCUCUCCAUUUAUUAAGCAAGGUGCUGGUGUUGUGACAACUAGAGCUCAUGUACACUAUGUUGUAACAGAAUAUGGUAUUGCUGAUUUAUUUGGACGUAAUGUGAGACAACGUGCACAUGCCCUUAUUCAGAUAGCACAUCCAAAUCAUAGGUAAUUUCUCGUAUUUUCGUUUAUAUGAAAAAUGAAUGUGAUCUGAGUGGUGAUUUGUUUUAGGUGAUUAUUAUUAUAGGUGAAAUUGUGUGUACUAUAAAUCUACGAAGUCUUGAAAGUGUCUGCAUUAAGAAAUGUCCCAAACCACUAUGCAAGAUCAGUGCAAGCAGUCUUUGAAAAUUUACGACUUUCAGGCAGAUGAGCAUAUUCCUAG